UUCCUCCUCCGGCUUCCGUUGCAUUUACGCCGUGUUGUGGUUCGCGUCUUGUGAAUGUGGAAAUAUGUGACGAUUGGAUCCAUUUUCUUCGCUACAAACGAGUUAAUUUAACGUCCAAAUAACACGUCUAACGAACUAAAUUCCUAAAAAUGGGAGGCAAUAAGAAAGCGCCGAGAACGAAGGGCAAUACACGGCCAUCUAGCAGUGGAAGGAGCGCUCAACUUCUCUCAGCCAGUGGUGCCUCUGGCCUGACUGGAUUUGUGGGAUUCACUUCUCUGGCUGGUGACUGUCCUGCAUACAUACCGCCUACGGGACAGCAUGUCAUCGAUGACGCAGACUCGAGUGUGGACAGUGACUUCCGAAUGGUUAUGCGCAAACUAACCAAGCGUGACCAAACGACAAGGCUCAAGGCUCUACAAGAACUCCUUGAUCUUGUCAAAGAGAAAGAUGUGGAACUGGUUAAAGGAGCCCUUCCUUUCUGGCCUCGUCUUUACAACAAGCUUUCCUUGGACAAUGAUCGUCGUGUGCGGGAAGCCACGCACCGUGUCCACGAGCUCAUCUGUCAGAGGGUCAGGAGAGACCUUGCUCCCCACACUAAGGCACUGAUCGGUGCCUGGCUUGUCUCUCAGAGCGACCCAUUUGCACCCGCUGCAACUGCUGCAAGGGCUGCCUUUGAGGCUGCUUUCUCAAGCGAGAAGCAAGUCCAAGUGUUCCAGUUCUUCAGCCAGGAACUGUUCAGUUAUAUAAGUGAUGUUAUUCUACAACAGACAGUAGACACUGUCCCGGACUACAAAGAGCUUUCACAAGAGGAGCGGGAAGCGAAGUACCACAGAUGGCUUUCCUGCGCAUUGCUUGGCUUGAAGAUGAUCCUGGAAUACCUCUCACCGCUCCCCGAGACGGGUGUCGAGUUACUGGACUCUAUCCUCAAGGAGCCCAAGUUCUGGAAAAUGGCCAAGCACAAAGAUAUCAUGGUGCGCAAAUCCUGGUACAGCUUGGCGUCGUCUCUGAGUCGUGUGGAACACGUGUGCAAGGCGUAUGGCGCCAAGCUCUGCUCCCAUACCCUCGGCUCUUUGGCCGAGAAUGAUCCGGUGGUGGCUGUGCCCAUCUGGGAAGCUGCUCUGUCAGUUGUGUCGGCUGUGCAGGAUUGCUGGACCCAUGUUGAUGCCAGGAAGGCUGUCCUACCUCAGCUCUGGAAGGUCUUGAAAAAUGGCGGGUUUGGUAGUGCAGUGCACAUCUACCCAAACUUGCUUCCGUUCCUGAGCCUUGUCCCUGCUGAGGUUGUCGGUGCCGGUGUCCAGUUUUACAAGCUGUUCUUCGACUCCUUCCGUGAAGGACUGCUUAACCCAAAAGUACAGGCAUCCAUGGCAGAGUGCAAUGCUGUUGUCCAAGCUUUCAUGGAAUGCCUUCGUUACGUCCUGACACGACACCUGGCGCAAGAUGAGAAUGCCAAGGCAGUUCGCAGCCACAUUCUUGAGGAGCAGCUCCUAGAAGUCCUGAGAGUCUGCCUCGUAGAAACCUCAAGCCGUCUCUCCGGAACGCGGCUUUACUAUGAAGUUGCCAGCCUGCAUGCCUUCCUGCUUCAGAAAAUUCUAGCUGGUGAUGCUGAGACCGCCACGAAAAUGUCUUACCAAGAGUGCCUUGAGCUCAUCUGGCGCAGAUUGCUGGAACUAAGCCUAGAAAUAGCCUCGAUGUCACCUCCAAACGGCACACUACUGCGCCGGCUCACAAAACUUCUCUGCACCAUCCACUCUCCACCAGCAAGUCCAAGAAGCCAGAUGAAGGUCACGCUGGUCGCGCCCGAAGAUGCCAACUCUGCCACGCAACUGAAAAGAAGCUCCUUGGCCCUCGAUGCACGGACAUCAGCCUUGGAGGCCCUCCCGACUACCAUGGCAAAUACAACGAAAAUUUGUGCAGAAGUGUUGAAGCGGGCAAGGACUAACCCUGGCAGUGCUGAGAGCUUGGUGUACAUUGAAGCCGCUUCCGAAGUUUUGCGCGUCUCAAGCUCUAGCAUGUUUGUUGAGGCGGUGCUCACAGAAAUGGGUGUCAAGUGCAGUGAAAGAAACAGUCCAGUGUUUGAGUUUUUCAGUUUGUUCAGGACCAUGGUAAGCGAUGCUGCCUCAGCAAACUGCCAGGAUCGCUUAGUAGAGUACUACGGGCAUGUUGCAAACUGCCUGCUGGUUGCUUCCAUCAGCGCUACUGCGACGGAGGCAGCAGAGCUUUUCAAUGCUACUGUGCUGGACAAUGCACAUCUCCUGGCUAUCCUGCUGGAGAAGUCCCUGGACUGCUGGAAGAGCCACGCAGGCAUUCAGGAGUGGCUCCGGAGCAACGACUUGGCCGAGAAGCUGCUGCAGCUGUCGCAGAAGCUGAUGCCAAGCUCCUCUUCAGAAUCCGAGCUCAUCUGGAGGUCACUGCGAGCAAGCCUGGAGCUGGGCAACCUUUCCGAGCCUCUGAUCUCACUCUCCAACCUCAGUAGCAUCCUUAGCACACUUCGCAAGACGCUGCAAAAUUUCACUCAGGUUGAAGGAAAGGAGCUGCUAAAGGCAGUAGACUUUGUUUGUGAGAUCACAAACACACUUUUCUCAAGUUACGAGGGAUGUUGCAAUUUGCCUGAAUCGGAAGAAUUUGUUUUCGCCCUAUUUCUUCUCGACUGUCAGAGUACACUGUCUUCGUCGCCCGAGACACGGGAGAAAAUAUGCUGGUCAUGGCAGCAAGGGAUCUCCAUGAUCGUCAAAGCACGAGGUGGAUUCCUGGCACCCGGCGGUCUUCUUCAGAAGAUUGCAUCAACGUUGAAUUCCAUGUUGCUCAGCUGUCUUUCCUGUGAUGAGCGCCAAGGGCUCGUCCGGUGCUGCUGCCGUUUCCUGGAAAGUAUUUUUUCAGCCAUCCCCAAGGAGGAGCAGGACCCGGUGGCUCUUCUUCUCGACCCGACUGUGUCGCUGGUCCUUGAAUCCAUUCUUCCUACAUUGCUACAAUGGGAGAAACUCGUCAAUGACACGUGCCUUUCGGAGCUUUUGGCAGCGCAUCUAGAACAUCCCGAGGACCACCCGCUGUACACGACGCAGGACUACCUCUCCAAGCAGUUCAGCAGUGAGCGCCUAGACCAAGCGCACCUGGCAGACGUUGCUGGCUUUACAGAGGCAGUCUUUGAUCACAUGCUGGUCUCCGAGAACGAGUCUGAUUCGAAACCAUUGAAAAGCAGCAGUUUGCUCCUUAGAUGUGCCCCAUUCCUGAUCUUGGCUCGCUGUUUCCCUCACCGAGCUCGUACAGCUUCUGUCGAAGAUAAAGAGGACACUGAGAACCAUUCGGCCUUGAAUGCAGCUAUGGAGACAUUUUCAAAUGAUGUCUUUGACUCCAUUGUCAACAAAGCCGCCUUGGGUGAAAAAUUGUGGUUAGAGGCACUUGUCUAUUUCCUGAGGAAGCUGAGAGAAGAUGGAAUUGCAAGGAGAAUCUGCGACUCGCACUACAUUGUCGCCAAAGACAAUUUCUACAGCCAUGAAAAGAAAGCAGAACUCUUGGUUGUACAAUCGCUGCUGCCUUUUAUGUCCCAAAACAACAUUGAAGAGGUGUUUCUUACUUCUGUUGGAUGCAUCAGGUCUUGGGAACCAGAGCUGGGCUGGGCUGUUGCUGUUGACCUUCUGGGUCUUGCAUGUAAGGCACUGGAAGGCCUAGACACAGGAACCACCGAAUCAGUUCAUGAGGCAGUGGUGUCUGUGCUGUACUGGUUGCAAGGAACGAGGGGUACUCACCCAAAGCUGUACUUGAGAGACGAAGAUGCCGGGCUUUCGGAAGAUGAGUUUGAGUGGAGUCGUAUGGCCUGCCAUUUCUACCUGGUGAUCCUAAAGCAGUGCCCCCAAGCGUUAACGCCAUGCAAUUGGGACUUUGUGUUGCUGAGCAUUGCCACAUGGAAUCAGAAGUUCAACUGGAGGAGAGCGAUAGAGCGUUUCUCGACGAGGGAAAUCAUCUUUACCUGUGAGCUGCUGAGCACCUUGCUGCAAGUCGCUUAUGUGACCGACAAGGCGCAGCCAGUUCGUGAGCAGUGCAAGCUUCCCGAGGGCUUCGACGUUGAGUGGGAGGAAUUCUACACUCAUGCUGUUUUCUCUGUGCUCAUCCCCGGAUUCAUUGACAUAGCUCAGCUCUCAACAUGUCCGAUUGAGACAACAUCCGUGCUUCUGAAGAAACUCGCUUCGGCACUAGAGUUUGCGAGCGAGAAAUCUGUGAUAAAGUUCAUGGAAGGCUUUCAAAACCAGGAGCAGAAUGCAGCAUCCCUGAACACUUUGUUGUCAAAGCUGACACCGCUAGCCACAUCCAAGUCACUUGCACUGCAGCUAGGUGCCCACACGCUGCUUCAAAAGAUCGUUCCAACAGUUGCCAGAGAAGAAGCGCAAGGCAUUGAAAAGCAAGAGAGUGAUGAAACUUCCAGGAGCCCCCCGGAGCCGCUGAUUUCGUCGCUGCUCGAAAUGGGGCAAGUUGUCGACGUGCUUCUGUUAGACUUCGACAUUGGCGACUGUUGUCUGGUGGAGGCCAACACAGACAGCUACACUUACACCCUGGGCUACCUUCUGUCCUGGCUGGAACUUCUUGCUUUCUUUGGUGCGUCGCCUGCUGAGGCUAGAUCCGAGUAUGCCACCUACCUCCAAGAACAAGGCCUACUGUCCUCACUUCUGCAACACCUGUUCUGCCUGAUGCCUUCCAAUGUCAAUUUGGGCUCCAAGGGCAACACCAUGUUCACCGAGCCAGUGAAGCUGAGCCCACAAGACGUGUUCAGCUCAGCGAAGCUGCAGCACAUUGCCUGUCAGGUGUACCUGGAUGCCAUAUGCAAGUUGCCAGCCCUCGUGCGUGCCUGGUGGAACAGUCAGAACAAGCGCGUCAUGGACCAUGUGGAAAAGUUUACAUCAAACCAUGUAACAAGUGUUAUCUCUUCACGGGAAAUCCAGGCUGUGCAGAAUGCUGACGUGUCGCUCGAAAACAUGACGGUGAAGGGUCGGCCCACAGCGCGAGAAGUAGUGGCCACCUACACCAUCGAGGAGGUGGCCAUUGAACUGGUCGUCAAGCUGCCAUCCAAUCACCCGCUCGGUGUGGUCACCAUAGACGGGGGCCGGCGUGUGGGCGUCAGCCAGAGCCAGUGGCGCCAUUGGCUACUGCAGCUCACCACCUUCCUCACCCACCAGAAUGGCUCUAUCCUGGAUGGCCUAGCCCUGUGGAAGCGCAACGUGGACAAGCGCUUUGAAGGAGUAGAGGAGUGCAUGAUCUGUUUCUAUGUACUUCACGGUGCCACUUGCCAGCUGCCCAAGCUCACCUGUCGCACUUGCAAGAAGAGGUUUCAUUCCGCCUGCCUGUUCAAAUGGUUCAACACGAGCAACAAUUCCACCUGCCCAUUAUGCAGAAAUGUCUUCUAAUUUUGCCUAUGAAACAAUGUUAGUGCAGCCUGUUAAAAUGUUCAAAAACGCGGUGUUAAUAAAAAUACGACAGCGGGGA